UCUUAUAAUCACGUUCUGUAACUUUAAGCAGCGAAGUGACUGGGAAGAGCAGGUCUAUGAAAAAUAAUACGGUGUUUUCCGCUUUUAUCACGCUUUUUAUCACUGGCUGGCUUCAUGCCCAGACUGGAAGAUUGGGUUUACAAGAAAGAAAUCCCAGAGUUUUAAAAAAGUCGUUUUUGAAGGUUAAAAAUCAACUUGGAUGCUGAGUGAAAUAAUGUUUCUCAAAAGACCACAGUGUCCAGUGCAACAAUAGACAAUGAUGUCCCACACCAGUGCUUUAUGGUGCAUUCAUUUGAGAUGGACAUUUCGAAAUGUUCUCUAUCUACUUGCUCUGUUGAUAUGUGUACAGCAUACAGCUGUACUGGGUUGUCGGGUUGACUGCAGGAAAGUUCUCACCUCUUCAAACGGAGUCUUUACUUCACCAUGCUACCCAAGCGAGUAUCCCAACAGCCAGGCUUGCAAGUGGACCCUUCAGGCCCCAGCAGGAUAUAUCAUACAGAUAACAUUUCUUGACUUUGAAAUUGAAGAAGCACCUCAAUGUAUCUAUGACCAUGUCACUGUAAGCAGUGGAAAAGAUGAUGUCAAGUUUUGUGGUAUAACAGCCAAUGGUUUAACACUGAACUCCACUGGGAAUGUAAUGAACGUGUCCUUUACAACAGAUUUUAGCGUCCAAAAGAAAGGCUUCAAAAUCAGCUACAAGCAAGUUGCAGUGUCCCUGAGGAAUCAGAAGUUAAUGCUUAAUGUAAAAGAAUCUGUGUCAACUGCAACAAGUGUAACCAUCCCAAAUCUCGAACAGUUUACAGUCUGCUUUGAAGCAACCGAAUCUGUCAACAGCAAAGAAAACUGGAUUUUCUUUUCAUAUAAAGAUUCUUCUUCUACAGAACUGCUUACUUUUGAAAAGUCAAAGUCAACCAUUACCUUAACUGUGCUUGGUGCUAACUGUGAUCUGAGUAAUGCAGUACUAAACAUUGAGCUAUUCUCCAAGGAUAUGCAGCUGCUCUGCCUCACAUGGGAUGGCACAACAGGUUAUAUAGCUAUAUAUACUGUAAAUACGUAUGAGAAUAUUGAAUGUCCAGCAUCUAAAUCUAAAGUGAUUCCUAGCAAUGGGGUGUUUUCACUUGGCCCUAGUUCCAAAAAACAUGAUUCUUUCACUGGAGGCAUUUAUAACUUCCGUCUUUGGAAAUCAGCCAUGAAUUCAGACAUGCUUUCAGCUCUUACCUGUGAUGAAAAAGGUGACGUCAUUGAUUGGGAAAAUGAAUUCUGGAAUAUCACAGCCUCUUAUUUAACCACAGAUGAAAACCUGAGCUGUGUUUGCUCCCCAAAUUGCAAAUUAACAACAACUACCCCAUCUAGUGGUACCUCUUUAACUUCAUCAGCUACAGUGCCAACAACUAGCUGUUCAUCAUCUGAACUCGGUUGCCCAGUAACAUUUACUACAACAGCCAUUGUCACCACCACUAACAUGAUUGAUACUAAUCCAACCACCGAUGCUUUUGUAACAACAGAGCUUGUCACCAGUAACAUGCCUACUAUGACUAGUAGCACUACAGACGCAGCAACAUUAAUUCCUUCUACAACUGCAGCUGACACCACUAACACCAUUGGUACUAACAGCAGUCAACAUGAAGGAGUGUUCUACAGAAUUUUCUUUGUUCUGUAUGAGAAUCAGAACCAUACGACUGCGGAACAGGUGGAACAGUUUGUAUCAACUUGGCUCAACCAAACAUUUCAAAACUGGACUUACCCAGUUUAUGUAGCUAAUGUCAGUGUUCAGAUAAGCAAUGGUGUGUCCAGCAGACUUGUAAGAAGUGUAACAGAAAGGUACAUCUGUCAAGCAUUGCUUGUUUACAAGUACGUGAAUGAUAUUCUUCUGCUAGAGGAAAGCAUUCACAGCAGACUGGUAAAUAACAACAAGUCAAUAGGAGGCGGGUUACUGUUAGACACUGUGGCUGUGCACCCGGUUGAAAACUGCGAUACAGAAGAAAAUCCUUUUUAUUAUAAGUGGCCUGAAAGUAGACCAACAGUUACCCAAUACCUGCCAUGCUUUCCAAACAAAGCUUUGAACGCAUCAAGAACAUGCAUGUUAAAUUUGCAGAAUUAUACUUCUUAUUGGGGCUCAGCUGAUCUUAUCAACUGCACAGGGGACAUUGAUAGCAUUGCAGUAUCUGCAGAAAAUGCUGCAGAUGUAGCCACCCAGCUUGUAGAUAUAACCAACCACGAGCUGACCACAGAAGAAGUAACAAAAAUUGUCACAAAGCUAAACCAGAUCAUUAGUGUGGCAACAAUUAAUGCCUCACUGGCUUCAAAAGUUGUGGCAGUCUUUUCCAAUGUCUUAACUAGCUCUGAUACAGCUUUAGCAGCCUCUUCACCUUUGGCACUGAAAACUGUGGAUGAUCUGGCACUGAAAAUCCUUUUCAAUGGCCCAACACUGAGCAUCACCUCAAAGAAUCUAGCCUUAGGAAUUGCUGCACUAAACUCUAGCACUUUCAAUGGAACAUCUUUCAAUGCAGCACGCACAAACAAUGCUUCAGAUCUCCAGGUCAGUUUUGAAUCAGAUCAGGGGGAUCCAUUGGCUGCAGUGAUUCUGCCCGCAACUUUGCUGAACAAUUUAAGUGAAACAGAAAUAGAUACUGUUUCACGGGUACAAUUUACAUUCUAUAGCAAAACAGGAUUGUUCCAGGAUCAGAAAAAGAAUGGACUUUCUUUAAACAGUUAUGUGGUGGCUAGUAGUGUUGGAAAUGCUUCAAUAAGCAACCUUCAGGAUCCUGUCAAGAUACAAAUCCAACAUACACACUAUCAGACCAAGCCAAACCCUGUAUGCGUUUUCUGGGAUUUUACUUUACAAAACGACAGUGGUGGGUGGAAUGCAGAUGGUUGUACUGUGAGCCCUGAAUCAAACGGAAACAAAACAGUGUGCUUAUGCAACCACCUCACUCACUUUGGGGUGUUAAUGGACAUUUCAGGAGCUGCAGCCCAGAUUGAUGCAAAGAACACAAAGAUUCUGACCAUCAUCACAUACAUUGGAUGUGGCAUUUCUGCCAUCUUUUCUGCAGCCACACUUAUUACCUACAUAGCUUUCGAAAAAUUACGUCGAGACUACCCUUCCAAAAUCCUAAUGAAUCUAAGCACUGCUCUACUCUUCCUCAACAUGGUUUUCUUGAUAGAUGGCUGGCUGGCCACUUUCGAAAUCGAUGGUCUCUGCAUUGCAGUUGCAGUCUUUCUCCAUUUCUUCCUCUUAACUUCUUUUACCUGGAUGGGUCUGGAGGCUGUUCAUAUGUACAUUGCAUUAGUUAAAGUCUUCAACACUUACAUUAGGAGGUACAUCCUCAAAUUCUGCAUUGUUGGAUGGGGUCUUCCUGCUGUUACAGUAGCUAUUGUUGUUGCCAUUGACAGAAAAUUUUAUGGCAAACAAUAUUAUGGAAAAGGGGAAAAUGGAGAAGGAUCCUCUGAAUUCUGCUGGGUUAAGAACCAAGUUGUUUUCUACGUAACCUGUGCAGGUUACUUUGGAAUCGUUUUCCUCAUGAAUGUCGCCAUGUUUAUUGUGGUGAUGGUUCAGAUUUGUGGGAGGAAUGGGAAAAGAAGUAACCGCACUUUGAGGGAAGAGAUUCUCCGUAACCUACGCAGUGUCAUCAGUUUGACCUUCCUACUGGGCAUGACCUGGGGCUUCGCCUUUUUUGCAUGGGGCCCUGUGAACCUCGCCUUUAUGUACCUCUUUGCAAUUUUCAACUCAUUGCAAGGUUUAUUUAUAUUUAUAUUUCACUGUGCUUUGAAAGAAAAUGUUCAGAAGCAGUGGAGAAGAUACCUUUGUUUUGGCAGAUUCCGUCUGGCAGACAAUUCAGAUUGGAGUAAGACAGCCACCAACAAUACAAAGAAAGCCAGCUCUGAUAACUUAGGAAAAUCCUUAUCCUCUAGCUCCACUGGAUCCAGCUCCACCAACUGGAAAUCCAAAUCCAAAGCCAUUCUAAAUCCAUUUGCAAAACGAAACAGCAACACAGGUAACAUGUAUGGCGACCACACCAGCAUGAAGUCUGGUCAGUCAGAAGGGGACCAGACAUCCAUCAUUCCUGUACAUCAGGUCAUUGACAAGGUUAAAGGAUACUGCUCCGUGAGAUCUGAUAACUUCUACAAGAACAUAAUCAUGUCAGACAGCUUCAGCCACAGCACCAAGUUCUAGUAACUCUCUUUUGAGAUUUAACUUAGCAGCUAAUGUAACAAAAAAAUGUAAAUGAAAAGAAAGGGCAUACACUUACUAAAUACUGUGCAAGUAGCAUGAAUAUACAGUAACAGUGGUUUUGUUCCAUUUCUCAGUAGGUGUAUUUCCUAAUUGCUCCCUGUACUAACAAGGUAUGAUGUAUGAAAUGUUUCCUCUAACUGCUGCCUUCCUAUCUGCCCUGGUUACCGUUCCCUUAGGAACCUGGAGCCCAGUACUCUCUAAAGUAAAUAUUUGGAAAAUGUACAAAUGGUUCAGAUUAAUUAAAAACUAUGAUUGGCAUGGACAUGCUGUUAUUGCUCUUUUUAAAGGAAGCAGCUUCAAUUUCAGUUAUGUCCCUUCAGCUGUUUUGUUUGUGAACUUUAUGUAUUGGGAAACAUUAUGUUUUAUUUGAUUGCUAAAAAGAAAUUUCGUUUUUCCUGAAAGGAUUUUUACAAUUGAAUUUGUUUUUCACCCUUUUUUCAUUUAUUUAAUCUUGUUCUCUGUGAGCUUUUAUGAUUUACAAAGUCCUUUCUACAUUCAGGAACGUAUCCCCUGUGACAAUUUAAGGUGGGGCAAAUUGUGUAAAUUGCAACCAUUUUCUGGCACGAAGGUUCUGAUUUGUUGGAAAUACAACCUGGUUUUAAAUGGCUGUAUUUACUUGUUAGAUAAUAAGGAAUAACACAAUUGAACAAUAGUACUUGUAUAUCUCAAUAAGCAUUAUAUAUAUAGAGUUAGUUUUUUUUUUAUUCAGACAUGUGCCAGAUUAUUAUUCCAUUAUAUCACAUGAAUUUGUGUUUUAGAAAUGUCUGAUGCACCUUAGAUAAUAUGCAUUUAUAUAAAAAAUCUUCUGGAAGCAUUGUGUAACCCUGUGCCCAAGUCAAGCCUAGGACCACAUUUACAAAUACGUUACUAGGAUUAGAAGGCCUUAACUAGAUUAAGUAAAAACAUUUUGCCCAGGUGCACCAUGACAGUACAGUAAAUGGAUGCCGAUUAUUAUUAUUAUUUCGAAUUUUGAAAUUAGCUUGGCAGUAACUUGCUUUAUAUAUUAAUUUGCUUUGGAAAGAUUAUGCUUUCCAAACACUUUCAGAAUUAUUAUUUUUGGGUGUGAGUGAGCAAAAAUGUGUAAAAUAUAUUUUAUGAAAUGCCUAGAAAUAACCUUCCGCAGGUUAAUAUCAUUUUAGCUUCAACUGUACAGAGCAUCCUAAGUUAAAGUGGUUUUACUACCAUGUAGUAGUGUUUGGAAAUAUCUGUGCUUAGGUGUUUGCCUGCUUUAAUGUAACUAUUUGCUAUUAAAAUAGCUACAGUUGUUCAUAUUUAUUUAUUUGUUACUGUAAAAUGUCAGAAAUAUGUGAAACCUUUCCUAGUGUCUUUUACUUUUGUAUUGUUUUGGUAUCCAUGCUACAUUGUAAAAAUAUAAACACAAUCUGUUCUCUUGGGACAUUAGUAAAAAGGAAACUUGUUUUUUAUAUAACCCUUAGAAUACUAGUCAUGUUCAAUAUAGUCAAACACGGAUUUCUUUCCUGCUUUUAUCAUCCAUUAACACUCAGUGCUGCUGAACUAAGAAAUACUAAAAGAAACUAAAAUUCGAUGACAAGCGUUUCUGCAAGAAGUCUUUUUCAGUGACACUGAAAAAGACUUCUCAAAACGUUUGUCAUCGAAUUUUAGUUUCUUUUAGUAUUUCUUUGUCCUGCUUUUAGUAUUAAUUUGUAAAAAGAUACAAUGUUUUGGUAUUGACUUCAUUAGAAACAUGCCCAGAAUAUUCUAGAUUAUUAUCUGUUUCUUGGCAUAAUCAUACACGGAACUGUAGACCCUAAGCACAAAGCGCUAGCUCAUGUGUUAUUUAAGUAACGCUUUUUCUGAAUAAAAAGUAAAUAUUAAUUCAACUGUUUUAGACUGUUCGUAAAAAAAGUCAAUAUCAGUCUAGAACAGUAUAAAAAACAAGCAAUUUUUCAUUCAUAAAAAGAUUUUUUAAAGACAUUCUUUAAAUAACUCACGCAUUAAGGCUUUGUGAAUAGGACAUGUUAAGGGUUAAAAAAAAAACAAGACAACAUAUAACAUUUUAGAAGGAAUGAUGUCAGUGCCAGUUGUAUGGGUUUUAUUCUUAGAAUGAAAUUGUUAGUUAUUAUUUUAAAGAAUUAAAAUAUUUAAGCCAA